UGAUGUUUGCCAACUUCAGAUUAUUGUUUGAGUGGUUUGAUCAUCGUUCAUCAAUCAAGCGGUUUUUAUUAAUUAGUUAUUUUUUACAUUAUUCUCAAUGUUGUGCCAAUUAGUUUUGUAAAUAAGUUGCGCAGUAUCAUUAAAAGUUCAUCAAAUGUGCUAAAUAACAUUAUAACAAUCGGUUAUGUUUGCAAACGUGCAUAUGCUUUGUUGUGAGAACCACCUUUAUCUGCUGUCACUCUAAACUGUAGCAAGUAAAUUUUUCUAUAAUGAAACAUAAGUUUCUCGCUGUUUCAUAUGCUAGUUAGUCCUAGAUAGUGUUCAGUGAGAAUACGAUUGAUGCGUUGAUGUGCCGUAAUGAGAGUGGUGUUCCCAUUCGGUGUACCUUUGAGGAGAAUGUACGGUGGCGUUUAGUACACGAUAGAGUGAUCCAGGGCUCAGUAUGGGGACAGUAAAGGACGAGGAGCGCUUGCGGCGCCUACGCGCGCUGGAGGAGAAGCUGUGCGACCCGCGCUCCACGGGCAACGUGGAUUGUUUGCUCGACACCGUCACGGCACUCGUCUCCGACUGCGAUCACCCGGCCAUCCGACGGAUGAAAAACGUCGAGGCCUACACCAGCAGAUAUGAAGAAUUUGCAUCUGAGGUUGUUGAUUUACGUAUGAGAGCAGCAGACUUUGACCUGAUCAAAGUAAUAGGCCGAGGAGCAUUUGGUGAAGUACAAUUAGUCAGGUAUAAAUCUACCCGUCAAGUGUUUGCUAUGAAACUACUUAGCAAAGUUGAAAUGAUAAAAAGAUCUGACUCUACAUUUUUUUGGGAGGAGAGGCAUAUUAUGGCACACGCUAAUUCGGAAUGGAUUCUCAAACUUCACUUUGCAUUUCAAGAUCAAAAAUACCUUUACAUGGUCAUGGAUUACAUGCCUGGAGGAGAUCUCGUCAAUCUCAUGUCUAAUUAUGAUAUACCUGAGAAAUGGGCAAAGUUUUAUACAAUGGAAAUUGUUCUUGCUUUAGAUGUAAUCCAUGGAAUGGGUUUUGUUCACAGAGAUGUAAAACCUGACAAUAUGUUAAUUGACAAAUAUGGCCAUUUGAAAUUAGCAGACUUUGGGACGUGCAUGAGAAUGGGCCCAGAUGGUCUUGUACGUGCAAGCAAUGCUGUUGGCACUCCAGAUUAUAUUUCACCCGAGGUAUUACAGUCACAAAAUGGACAGGGUGAGUAUGGCCGAGAAUGUGAUUGGUGGGCAGUGGGAAUUUUUUUAUAUGAAAUGUUAAUAGGUGAUCCACCAUUUUAUGCAGAUAGCUUGGUAGGAACUUACGGAAAGAUUAUGGAUCAUAGAAAUUCUUUACAAUUUCCUGAUGAUGUGGAAAUUUCCAAGGAAGCCAAAUCAUUAAUUAGAGGUUUGCUAACAGAUAGAACAAAGAGACUUGGUAAAAAUAGUGUAGAUGAAAUCAAACAUCAUUCUUUCUUUAUUAAUGAUCAAUGGAGUUUUGAUAAUCUAAGAGAUUCUGUACCACCAGUUGUACCUGAAUUAUCUAGUGACGAUGAUACCAGAAAUUUUGAUGAUAAUAUUGAAAAAUCAGAUGCUUUAGAUGAAGCUUUUCCAGAUCCCAAAGCCUUUGUGGGUAACCAUUUACCAUUUGUUGGAUUUACAUAUAAUGGUGAUUAUCAACUUUGUGGGGGUAGAUCAAAACCUUCCGAUGUAGUAGACACAAUAUCUAGCAAUCAUAUUAAUAAUGUGGGUUCUGAGGCAAUAUUGCAAUUAGAAAAAUUAUUGGAAAGGGAAAGAGAUGCAAGACGUAAAUUUGAAGAUAGAGAAGUAAUACUUUGUGCUCAAUUGGAGGAACUAUCCCAAAGAGAAAGCAGGAGUAAAAAAAUUAUUGCUGACACAGACAAAGAAUUGGCUCUUCUGAAACAUGAUCUUAGGGAAAUACAGCGCAAGGCUGAAAUAGAAGCAGAAGCCAGAAGGAAAGCAGAUUUCAACUAUAGUGAUAUCAAACGUCGCUUUGAUGAAGAACAGAGUAAAAGAGUAAAGGAAAUGAAUAAUCUACAUAUUUAUAAUGAAAAGAUAAAUGCUUUAGAAAAACAAUUGACAGAGAUGCGUGAAAAACUUAAACAAGAAUCUGAGGCAGCGGCUAAAUCAAGAAAGCAAGCAGCGGAACUUAGCGCUGCUCAAGCUGCUGCAGCUGCAGUGAGCGAUGGCACAGUGUCGAGUUUGCGCGCACAGAGAGAUGUUCUCGAGAGAGAAUGUGGUAGCUUGUCUGAAGAAUUGGGAACAGUGAAAGCUGCCAAGCAAAGAGCUGAAGCAUCAGUAGCUGAAGCGAAUAGUCGUUUAAUCGCUACCCGUGCUGAGCUAGAGAGAUCAUCAGCGAGAUUAGGGCAAAUUAUGACAGAUAAUAGACAGCUAUCAGAGAGAGUUUCUUCAUUGGAAAAAGAAUAUGCUUCAAUGUCCCACGAUCUAAGAGCAUCCCAACAUUUAUACCAACAGGAAGUACGAGCACAUCAGGAAACACAACGCUCUCAGCUUCUUUCUAAGCAGGAAGCUAAUCUAGAAGUUGUAAAGGCAUUACAAGGCAAGUUGAAUGAGGAGAAACAAGCCAGACUGCGGGCAGAUUCAGCAUCUCAGGAAAAGGAUCGCCAAAUGUCAAUGUUGAGUGUUGACUACCGACAAAUGCAACAGCGCUUACAGAAAUUGGAAGGCGAACAUAGACAAGAGAGUGAAAAGGUGGUGGGCCUUCAAGCAGCGCUGGAGCAGGAGCGCGCGGCGCGGCUGGCGGCCAGCGCGGAGACGGCGACGGCGGAGGCGGCCAGCCGCGCGGCGCACGCCGAGCGCGAGGCGCGCAACCGAGACCUCAUGUCCGUGCGCGCGGCUCUACACGACACAUCGGAGAAGCUCGCCGCCGCCGCAGCCGAGCGCGACAUGCACUACGCGAGGAGUGAGGAGCUUCGAUCUCAGCUCGAGAAUGAGCAGCACUACUGCAUCGUGUACCGCACGCAGGCGAGCGAGGCGCGCGCGCAGCUCGAGGACAGCUCGCGCGCCGCGCGCGACCUGGAGCAGGAGCGCGCCAGCCUCAUGCACCAGCUGCAGCUAGCCAUCGCCAGGGCAGACUCCGAGGCCAUUGCGAGGUCGAUAGCGGAGGAGACGGUGGGCGAGCUGGAGAAGGAGAAGACCAUGAAGGAGCUUGAGAUGCGCGACGCGCUGGCGCAGCACCGCACGGAGCUUGCGUCGCGCGACGCGCUCGUACAGGGCCUACGGGACAGGGAUCACGAGAACCGCGCCACUAUUGACCUGCAAAGGAAGGAGGUGGACGAGCUCCGGCGCAGCGGCACCGCGCUGGCGGAGCGCGUGGCCACGCUGCAGCGCGCGCAGGAGGAGGUGGACCGCCUCACCAAGCGGCUCAACUCGGAGAUCAUGCUCAAGCAGCAGGCCGUCAACAAGCUGGCUGAAAUCAUGAACAGGAAGGACAUGAACCCGGCGUCAACAAAGAACAAGAGCAAGAUGUCGGUGCGCAAGGACAAGGACUACCGCAAGCUGCAGCAAGACCUCACGAGGGAGAAGGAGAAGUCCGACCAGCACAUCUCCAAGCUGCAGAGAGACCUGCAGGAGUCGCAGCAGCAGCUGUUGGAGGAGCAGCAGACCAGGCUGCGCCUCGCUAUGGAGGUGGACAGCAAAGACGUGGAGAUCGAACAGCUAAAGGAGAAGCUGGCAGCACUGACAAGCGAGACGGCGUCGCAGUCGUCCGCCGACGCUGAAGACGGCGAGACGGAACAGACCCUGGAGGGCUGGCUCUCCGUGCCCUUCAAGCAGAACAUCCGGCGCCACGGCUGGAAGAAGCAGUACGUGGUCGUCUCCUCCAAGAAGAUCAUCUUCUACAACUCGGAGAAUGACAAGCAGAACACCACAGACCCUGUCAUGAUUUUGGAUUUGAGCAAAGUGUUCCACGUGCGGUCGGUGACGCAAGGCGACGUGAUCCGCGCCGACGCAAAGGACAUCCCGCGCAUCUUCCAGCUGCUGUACGCGGGCGAGGGGGAGGCGCGGCGGCCCGGCGACUUGCAGGACCAACCCGCCGACGGACAAGACCAUACCGGUAACACGGUACAGCACAAGGGACACGACCUGGUGAGCAUCACGUAUCACAUCCCCACCGCGUGCGAGGUGUGCACGCGCCCGCUGUGGCACAUGUUCCGGCCGCCGCAGGCCUACGAGUGUCGACGGUGUCGCAUGAAGAUCCACGCCGAGCACGUGUCGGAGGGCGACGGCGUGGCGGCGUGCAAGCUGCACGCAGACCGAGCGCGCGAGAUGCUGCUGCUGGCGCCCGCCGCGCCCGACCAGCGGCGCUGGGUGGCGCGCCUGGCGCGGCGCGUGCAGCGCUACGGGUACCGCGCGCACAUCAACCACGACAACACCAAGCUCUCGCCCAGAGAUUCGAUGCGGUCGAAUCUGAAAGCUGUGUACAUGAAUGCAUCACAGCGAAGCUCGACGCUGCCCGCCAAUGCUUCGCUUCCGCGACAAUGACGUCACCGCAUCACUCCCGCGCCAAUGACGUCAGCGCGUCGCUCUCGCGCCAGUGACGUCGCCAUACGUCGCUCCCGCGUCAGUGACGUCACCGCACUAGCAGCGCUUCAGUCACGUCUCCACUCCGCAUAGGUACAAGUCAAUUACGAUGAAUUAUUUCACGAUAUUACCAUUUUAUACUACGUACGUAAUAUAUAAUAUUAUAAAGUUCGUGGCUGUUCAACGUAUGAAUAGGACAGAAAAUCACUUUUGACUAAAAAACCAUUGAUUUGAGUAUAUUCAGGAACAACCAAAUAAUACCUGACUGAUUUUCAGAGUUCAGACAUUGAGUGUCUACGAAUGGACGUCAAAUAAAAUUUAUUUUAAGCACAGUGUAUGAAUGAAUCCACUGAGGUGUCAAGUAAAAAUAAUUACCAAUGUCCCUAAAUUAAAAAAAUCGUAAGGUUCGUUGGUCUGUAAUCUGAAUAAUAAAAAUAAUAAGCGGAAUUCCACAAGGCGAUAAGUUUAAUAGUUUAAAACUGGUUUAGACAAAAUCGAAAUAUCAUUCGAAUUUAGGCUUAAUGGACUUUUCGCUUGAAAUGCGAUGUUUAUUGUAAGGAAAAGGAUAUCUAAUUAAUUAACUGCAAUGGAUAAACCUAGCCAAUCCGUUUAAUGAUUGGUUAUGACGUUGUUACUUGAAUUAUACAUGGUGUUACUAUUUUUUAUGGCUGGAUUAGAGCCCUUUUGGGUUAAAACGUUAUCACUGGUCAUACAAAUUCAAAAAAAUUUAGUGACCGAAAAUUCUUAAGUAAGCCGCCAUUUAUAAUCCCUAUAUUUAUCUGGAUCAGUAGUAUUUUUUCAGGCUCACUGGUUACAUCUAUCUAACACUGCUUUAGCAACUUUAUUUAAAAAAGUACCUAAAAAUUGAGCAAUAAAAAAAAAUCGAAAUGCUUUUCGAUUAUCUGUUGGUAUUGAUAUAGAUCUGAAGUUCAUUAUUAAAUUUUCAAAUUGGUUUUCGAGAAAAGUAAUCAAUUUUUGUUACUGUUUUUAUGAAUAGGGUAGUAUUUGUGACAUUAGCUUUUAUUAUUAACAUAAGUGAAAUUGCAUUAUGAAAGUUUACAAUUCAAGUGGCAAUAAAAAAACAAUGAUAUGCCUAGUUGUUUAUCACUGAAAUGUCAUAGACACAGUGACAUAUACAACUGUAAUAUGUUCACGGGGGGUAAUUUAAGGUAAAUGGGGUUAAUUGUGUUUUGAUGUCGAUUUUAUAAUUAUUCGUUGGUAGGAAGCACAAUCAUCCAAUUCAAAAUUAAAAAUAAAUCAUAAAUAAUUGCAAAGUGAUAUUAUUACAAGUUAAAAUCUAAUAAAGAUUUUAACAAAUAAAGCGAAUUAAAAUAUUGUUAUAGAAACAAGUCACACAAUGAACUCGACAGUCGCCAUUCUUGAACCUUCCAUACAUACAAUAGACAAUUUAUUAUGACUUACGUUUAUCAUUGAUAUCUAGAUGACUUUAUAUCCUCAAUGAUAUUGGACUUAAUGGUAAUGUUGUGUUGAUUUAUAUGGCCUUUAAAUUUCGCCAAUUGUAGACAGUUUCAAGUGCUUUGUAAGGCACAGGACAUGAUGCUAAUAACUCAAUUGAUGCUUAUAAUUUCUUAAAAGAAAUUUUCGAUUAUUUUACCUCAACCAGUCACUGAAAAGGACCCAGAAAAGUCAACUACCAAAAAGGCAGUUGAAAGUGAUUUAAUCUUAUUUAGAAAUUGAUUUGACUUUUUUUUCUUAUGUUUUCUUUACAAUCUGUGUUUACUUGACAAUCUGUGUCACAUCACAAUGAGUCGUUAAAUCCACGAUCCACUCAGGUCAAAACACCGUUCCAAAAUGCCCUUCUAAGCCGAUGUCCGAGUCUCAGUGGAGACGCCCUUAGGGAGUCGUUCCGCCCACAUCUUUUGCUUCUGCCUUCGGGCUCCAUCAGGCGAUGCUUCUGCGCUCGCCCUAAACCUCGGUGACGCCGCUGAGGUCCCAUUAAGGAGCCUAUGGCACUUACACAAUCAGAUAAUAAAAAUAACAAUGCGGCAUUCAGUUGUGUACAAUAUGGUAUUUUUCUUGUAAUUUUAGCAGAACGGUUCCUGUCCUCUUUUGUGGCGACACUGUAACUUUUCAGUCCCUGCCAUACGUACGUAGCAGUCGUGGUAUCAACAUGUGUAGGAAGGUCACCAGUGAAUAAGAGAUACAAUACCGGUCCCAGUAUACUACCUUGUGGCACCACUGAGAUAAUUUUAUUUAAUGAUGACGUUUUAUUCGUAUAUUUUACCUCAAAACAGCUUUUUGAGUUUGACACAUUAACAUGCAGUGACUUUUUAAAUUUUUUCAUGUCAACUUAUUUAUAUCAAUGUGUAAAUAGUAGUUACAUUGUGUUGAUAUUAUUACUAGUAAUUUGCUUAUAUUAAAUACAUAAAUAUACGUUUGGUAGGCGGCAAAAGUUUCUAACUUGGUGCGAUAGACUUGAUUUAUAGGUGUUAUCAGUGAUUUUGAGUGUUAUCCCUUUAUAGACAGUAUCACAACCUUCUUGUUGUAUAGAUUUUACUUACCCUUUCUUCCUGUAUAUCAAAUGACAAAGACAAAACUUGUGAAUAAGCUAUCAGACACUUCUUAGAAGGUGGUAAAACGGCCUUUAGUCUCACGUUGUCUUAAGUGGCUUUUGCUAUUUAGAAUUUUACAAUGAGUCAAGCUUUUCGAUUUGGAGGGGUUAUCUGUAUGUUAACUAUAUAUGAAAACAUAAUAUAUUUUUCAAUUCAAUAUUUUGACUGACAUAAUGCAAGUUUUCAAAAAAAUAUAAGUACAUUUGGAGAUUUUAAAUAACAACCAUUUUCUAAUGGUCUAGUUAAUAAAGUUACCUCGCUCAUGUAGAUUCUAAAUUUGGUUGGUUUGGUAAAUGUUUUUACUGGCCUAAUAUAAUUAAUUAACAAAGUAUGAAAAUAAUAAUAACAGAACCAGACCACGAAAAAACCGACUGCACUUGUGUAGGAUAGAAAAUACUUCAUAGAUAUUUAUGAAUAUAAAUGUACUAAAUAAGACUGCUAAAAUUAUAACCAAUCACAAGAAAAUAAUACUAUCAUUACAUUAUGUUGAGCCGUACUUUGUUGCACGUUAUACCUAGCCAAGAAUAAUUUACUGUUAUAAAUACAGUAAUGGUUUUGUCCUUCGGUGCAAUUUUGAAAGAUAAAAAAACAAGUUGAUAGGCAAGCUACCUAAUUCCUUUAUCCAAAGGUUGUCUGGUAGAUAUUGCUAUAAGCAAUAAGGCCGCCUUUGCACAUACUUGUUUUCUAUGUUUUCUUUUGUUUUCUUUGUUAUUGUUUUUGUUUUGUGCAAUAAAGUAUAAAUAAAUAAAAUAAAAACAAGCUACUUCUCUAAAAACGACUCUUCACCUAUCCAUCCAAUUAAUAUUAUAAAUGCAAAUGUUUUUGUGUUCAAUAAUGCAAAAACUUUUGGACGGAUUUUUAAUAAAAUUUGGCACAGAUGUACAUUAUACAAUGGAAUAACGCAUACUUCCUUUAAUAAGACGUAUUUCAGAGAUCGAAAAAAAAUCUUAAAUUCACGCAGACGAAGUCGCGGGCAUUACCUAGUUUAUUAUGAAUCUUUAGAUUAGUUUUAAUUGACUGCCGAAAAUAGUUCUCUUUCGAAUAAACUAAUAAGGCCAUUAAUAUCAGUAUUACAACUUGUACUGUAAUUGCUUUGCCGUUUACUAACCAAAGAUACGACACAAUACGAUAUGAUACUCCGUAAUACGACAUGAUACUACAUAAUACGACACAAUACGAUACGAUACUACAUAAUACGACAGUGGACGAUGAUUGAAAAAGUUGAUUAUUUCUGUUUUUAUCUCGAAAAAUUUCUAGAAUUUAAUUAUUCUCAUUUCAGAAGAACAUUCAGUUUCUAUUUCUCAAAAAAUUGUUUUGUAUUAGUUAUAGGACUGUUUUAUAUUGCUAUCUGAUCAGCAAUAUUAAAACGCUAAAUGGCAACGUGCUUUAUUGUCGGGUUUUAAUUUCGUUUUCCCACGUUAAAACAAAAUAGCCUGGCUCCAGAACCCGAUAAUAUUAUACUCGUACGUCUAUACAAAAGGAAUUGAUUUUAAUGAUAGAAAAGUAAUUCUAGUAUUUAGAAUUUCACUAGUUAACACACUAAUCCAGCUCAGGCUGUUUAAAAAUAAUCAAUAUUUUUUUAUUGUAGAUUUAACUCAUUCAGUGUGGUGUGAGAUUUACCUUAUUUAGGCCGAUCAGCGUGAGCCACAAUGCAGAUAAAUGAAUACGCUAAUUGUCGUCUUUUUCACAACUAGAUAAUUUAUUCUUGUCAAAUGAUUCUUUGAAAUAACACGUAUUACGGUUAGAGCCGCUCUUGUAAACAUUUAAGGUCUAUAAGCACAUACCGUAUGUGCCGAUCAGCAUUAAAAAUAAAUAAAUUAAUAAAUACUACACUUUAAAGAUUUUUUUUGGCUGGUGGAAGGCUUCGCCCGUAGCUAGUCACCACCGGCAAAGACGUACCGCCAAGUGAUUUAGCAUUCUGGUACGAUGUCUAUGUGUAGAAACAGAAAAGGGGUGUGAAUUUUCAUCCUCCUCCUAACAAGUUAGCCCGCUUCCAUCUUAGACUGCAUCAUCACAAGAGAUUGUAGUCAAGGGCUAACUUGUAUAGAUUAAAACAAAAAACAGAUUAAUAAAUCGUCGAUCGGCGUGUGCUGCACUGAAUGCGUUAAACUUCACUUAGAGAUAUAAAUGUACUGAAGAAAAUGCCACACCAAUAUGUGCUGAUUAACGAGGAACAGUGCCAUAAAUGUUUUGUAGUUUAUUGGUAAUUGCUCAACCGAAUAGUUCAACAAUUUACAUUAUAACCUAUUAGAUAAGACUCGAAAGGGCUUCCUCCAAUAACUCCAAUUUACUGUAGACAAAUAUAAAUAACAAAUAUCAUAUAGUAAAAGUUCAAAUCUUCUCAAGUAUGUUAUGCCUUCGCGAUUGCGGGUCGAUUUAAAACUGUACAACCGGGCAGACGUACGUUAUGUAUAUUGUUUAUACAUACGUACAGUAUAUCCAUGUUGUCGCCAGAUCACUUUGUGAUGAAAUUGUUAUGUUUAAUGAUGCCCUAGUGAGUAAAACCAGUUUUGCUAAUCGGCAUAUGUAGAAAACCGAAAUUGUUGACCCGCAUUUAUGUAUUGCACCUUUAUGUAAAAUUAAAUUGACAAGUACUUGUUGGUAUUAUUGUUUUGUGGGUGCCAAAAUUAUUAUUUGUAUGGCCAAACAUUUCUUUUUAAAUUUAAGUUUGUACACAGAAAGGAGAGUAAUUAAUUAUAAGUUGGAAUGAAUUCUGAAAAUGACAGUGACAACACCAACAAUUAAUUAAUUUUAGUUAUGUUCGUUUAAUAUCGCACCUAAAACGUAAAUCGUAUGUACAAAUAAAUAGUUAAAAAUCUCUUUUGUAAAUUGUUGUAUAAUAAAAUAUGCGGCACCGAUUUGUAUUGAAUUUAUUACGAGUAUGUAGGAUUAAACAAAGUUGUAUCGAAUUAUUGAAGGUAACACCAAAUUGAGCUGCCUGAACGAUUGUAGUUGUCUGUUGUGCAGUCUUCAUAGUGAUUAGUAAAGUACAAAAUUAGAUGUGAAAAGUACAUUUUGUAACACGACUCAAGUUUCUCUCACGGUGUAAGUUUACGCUGCCUUUGCAGUCGACGAUAUGGAAUUGUAAUAUGGUAAUAGUAAGUAAUUGUAAGCGACACACAUAACUGAGUCUCAAAAAAAAUGCCACGAGAAUCGUCGCAAGUGCGUGUCAGAGCAUGUACUCACUCUUGUUCCAUGUAAUGCAUUCUUGCAAAGGAGGGAAUAAUAAAUGAACUUGCAUAUUUCAAUAGACCGUGAAAGUGUGACGUCACAAGUCUUUUAGGGUUGUGUGCAUGUCUAACGUGCCCACAAUGGUGGAUCCGCGCUUAUGAGUUCGCGGUAUAGGGAUGUACUAUAAAGGGCAAGCGAUUCUACAUUGAUUCAUUGUACUUUCUCGUACCCCUGUGUCGUCAUACCCCCUAGUACUACAGUAGCGACGCUAGACGAAGUGUUAGACGUCAGCGAUUACCACGUGAUACACCUUACAUUAAAAAAAAUUAAAGAUUGAUUAAUAACAAGAAUCAGGAAAUCUCCCGAGGUGUGGCUUCGUAGAUUUUCCCUGGCGGUAUCGCUUUUUUUAACAUAUCACGGCUUUGGAUUCUUAUUUUAAUCGCUCAACGGACAAUAAAAUUGGAUUAUGCAUUUAUUAUUGUUACUAGACAGCUCUGUGACGAAAUAAGAAAUUAUUAUGCAUAACUAAACUUUCAAUAAAUAAUUUAAUGUUUUGCAAGGGUCCUGUAUGGAAAAACGCCGACAUCUUGCGCUGCCACUGCACUAAUAUGUCACGCGGAGACUCAGUUAUGUAUUUUACCCUCAGACCAAUUACCUGUGGACUUGUAUCGCACUCAAAUUCACCAACAAAAUUGUCUGUCACUUUUUUGACGGGGACUAUGUAAACUCACACAUCGGAUAUAUUUAACACCAUUAAAUAUAUCCCGUGUUACACGACACACAACUAUAAAUUUAAAUCGUAAUACACACACGUAAAAUUUUAACAUCUUAAACAUCGAUUCUAUAGACUCAGUUUGUGUAGACACAUUAGAUCGUGAUCAUAUAUUUUCAACAGCGAGGCAGGUUCUAUGGUAAUUGGUCCGAGAUUUUGCCUAUAAUUGGCCUAAACGUAAAAUGAUUACGACGGAAUGCUGUGUACGAAGGCUCAGACUAGGGUAGCUGUGAUACUAGACGUGUGUAGGUAACACUCGUGGUGCUAAAGCGAAACAGCCUCCGACGUUCGUUUGUUGUUACUAUAUCUUGUUAUAACAUAUUAUAAUACGCUGUUUAUUAUUGCUCUAUAUAAACUGUUAACAUUCCCGCAACAAAUGCUAUGUUGUUUUUUGUUUGUUAGUUAUAUUAUCUCGAGUUCAAACCUGUCGCUUGACCAGUUAUCGCUUUUAUUAUUAUCUAGAUAUAAGUUCGGAAUAAUCUCUGUCCAAUGAACCCUGACAUUUGAAUUUCUAAUUUACCUACGUACUUAAAAUUUUGUAGAUCGCAAUUAAUCUUAGUGUACGCUUAUUUUUUUAAAUGCAUUUUUUUUUCAUUAUAUUUUUGUUAGGGCAGCUAUUGCGAGUCAUUCCAUCGUGUACCGUCAAAUUAUUUUUGUUACCCGCUUUCGGAUAUUUUUGUUUAGUGCCAAAGAAAUUUUGGGAAUAAAUUUAUUUCACUAACGCGUUCGCGAUUAUUAUAAUCUUUUUUUUUUAAAGUGAAUAGUCCGUUAAUAAUUCAUGCUUGUCAUUAAUAUUAACUCAAUAUCUAUGUUAAUGUUUUAUUAUGCAUAAUUUAGUGCGCUGGUUCUAGUGUAUGACAUUUUAGAGAGUAUUUUUAUUAAGUAGGAUCCGACUCGGUGGUGGUUUAAGAAAUACUCUCGAAAUGUCGCCCGUAGGCGCGCCAUUGUGUCAAUAGUGAAGUGUAAAAUCAUCAUUAUGUAAAUUAUUUAUAUACUUUAUUAUUAAUAAUGAUAAUAACAUUUUAUUUAUCAAUUUAAAAUUGUAAGUUCCUAACUAGCUAGCUUCUCAGAUAUCGAAUGUGGAUACGAUUAACUUAACCGUUUGUCAUACAGUGGGGUAUAUUUUAAUAAUUGCUAAUUUUAUCGAUUAAUCAUAUUUAAUACGGUUCGUGUAAUUGGUUCGUAGUAGUGGGUAAGUAUCGUAGAGAUAAUCCGGUGUAGUUGCCCCUUAGGUACUCUCGGUGCAUUGUCGGCGCGAUGUUAGUGCACUUUAGGUGCAGUUGAGUACUGCGGCCUAAUAUCAGUGUGAAAUGAUGUUAUCGGUGGAGAGAGUACUCUCUUAGUGCACUUUUGGUCUAAAUGGACACAUUUAGUGCGCUCUUUUAGUGCACUAAUGGUGUAGUUUUGGUCGAAAUGGACAAAUUUAGUGCACUGUUGGUGUAGUUUUAAGUCUAAAUGGACACAUUUAGUGCAUUGUUAGUGUACUUCAAGUAUUUUCUUAGUGCACUUAAGACUAAAGUCUUAAUGGACGCCUUUAGUGCACUGUUGGUGUACUUCGAGUACUCUCUUAGUGUACUAUUGAUGUAGUUUUAGUCUAAAUGGACACAUUUAGUGCACUGUUUGUGUACUUUCAGUACACGGCGUGGUGCGAUGCCGUGCGCGAGCUUAUUCGAGUUGUCUUUAGUAAACUGUUGCAAUACUAAUAUACCACGUGCCUUAACCACACGGCCCACUCCCAUAUCAUCUAGACAUACUAUGUUAUAUGUAUUGAUAGUUAUUAUAAUGUACAUAUGUUUUCAAAUAAACCAAUAUUUUAUGGAUUUUUUUAAGGAAUUUGUAUAUUGUAAAGAAUAUUAUUAAUUUUAUCAUAAAAUUAAUGCCUAGCUCAUAAGUGCUACAUUUGUGAAAAAAUAAAUAACAUUUUAAAAA